UUAAGAGUUGUGGUAACACAACAAACCUGGUUAAACACUUAAGAACAAACCAUAACUCUGAAUAUGAGGCAUUUGACAGAUGCUAGGGCAAGGCAGACGUCUGUGGCGGAGUCCUUCGGUGCUACAGCCAGACGUUACCCAGGGAUCGCAGCAGUCUUAACAUACUGCUGUCAUGAUGCCACGACUCCUUGUUGCUCUGAUGAUUGCUGCUUUGUCAACAGACGUCUACACCACCAGCAUUUUUAAAUCCACCUACUACAAUGAAGAUCAGGCCAUACUCAAAGCCCUGAGAGAGUCAAGCCACGUGUCACUACCAACAUCUGCAAAGACUUCUGGGAAUUCGCCUGGUGAAAAAGUCUACGGAGCAGAUGGGAAGUUUCCUCUAACAGCAUGGUGGAUGUCAGAGCUGAUUCUCCCUCAGACUGUCAAGAAACGUCAAGAUGUGUCCUCAUACAAUCUCAAUUCCUUCGGUCUACGCUACGGAAAAUGACAGGAAGCCUUCUGUCUGUUGUUUUUCUGUGUUAGAGAGGGAGAUAUUUUCACUAACUUUAAUUGUAUUUGUACAUACAGAGUGGGGAGAGAAAAUAAAAAAUAAAAAAAACAAUGUAAGUGUUAAAGACUCAAUUAAAAAAAAGUUAUGAAGAUUUAUAAGAUCUGUUUCCUUUUUGGGACCCAGAAGAAUGGGGGAGUUUACACUCAAGAAGCACAGAUUACCAACCAAGUAUUCUGCUCUACAAAGUCUAACUGUAGUAAAUACGCAAAAGGUAAAACUGAGAAAAACUGCUUUAAAGUUUUUUAACGUUUUUAACUGGCCAGAUAAAUGGGUUAUAGGUAGGUCAGUGAUAUGACACUUAUGUCUACAUGUAUUAAUGAUGUCAUUUUUAUGCAAAAAAAUCAUGAUGAUUUAUUUGACCUUUGACCCCAAAAACGUAGUUACUGCAUUGCUGUAAAAGGUUCUAAUAGUAAU